AUUUGUCGUUGCUGUUGGAAAAUUGAUUCACGAUAAAAUUUUCAACGUCAUAGAGUAUUCAAAUAAGAGGAUUCAUGUUCGAUCGACAAGUUUCAAUGAACUUAACCUUCACGACGUCGACGAGAUAAAUCUUGGACUGUCAUCUUUUCGGGAUUGAACGCAAUGUUCGAAAUGCGACGAUACGUGACAAAAGAUGGCGUAAAUGCGCGGAAAAACACGGACGAGAGCAACGAAGACACGGAAGCGUGGAAUUAAUGGUCGUCCUAGAUAGUUGGAUUCCGUGGUGAUUAACGUUUUGUUUACACGUUUCUGGUUGAAUUCGGUCAGGAGUGUUUAAGAGGACCGUCUAAACGACACCGAGCGCUUUCAUUUCCGCCGGCAUGUUUGCAGUGCACGCCGCUCGUUCUGACGCUCCGACAGAAUUCAUCAGCCGUCGAUGUCCAAGGAUGUUCCACGUACAAUACAUAGAGGCGAAGGGAACAGGAUUGUUGGCAUUGUUUCGACACCGUCGUUACCGUCGAUACGCAACAGAUAUCUUCUCGUUUAUUACGAACAUCGAUGGGCGAUGUUACAGAGUCGCUACGAAAAAGAGAUCUCGGACGUCUUUCCCAACUCGCAAGUACAACGGAUCUUUGACGCGGAAUCGUUCGAGAGAUCCGGUACUCGAAGUAUCGUGCAAAGUUUGGACAUUAGACGUCGCUUUGCUCGUACCGUUGCGACAGCAUCGCACGGAUGAAGGUUGAACGCUGUCCUGUUUAGAAAACAUACAGGUUCCGUGGGAACGAUUCUUUCGCGGAACGUUCCGAACCAUCGGCCUACUUCCAUUCCCUUUGCUUCGACCUACAAUCGCCGUUAAAGGUGAAUACUCUUUGGAAAAUUGUUUAUCGCCUGAAAUUUCAACAGCUGGCUUUGAUCGGCUCUGAUACAGAAAUACGGUCAACGAUUUCUCCGAGUGGCGAUACGCGCGCCGUUUCACCACACUGUAAUUCAUCAACGAGAUUCCUUGCAGCCGAUGGAACGUCGGGUUCUCGCGAUUAGCUAGCUACCCGUUGCCACGGCCGUGACUGGAAGUAGGGAGUGGGCCAUCGAGGGAGGUGCAAGGAAAACACGUUCGCGAGCAGAGUGACCGAGCCGACACCCGGUAUAUGUGGAUUCGUAGAGUAGUCGUAGAGUCGACUCUCCGAUAUCGAGCGGGAGGCCCGGCGAGGGUUGCGCUCGCGCACACCUACACGUUUCACCGACCAACGUACACGUACGUUACUCGAGCUUACACGUGCGCAGUCUCCCACCUCUACGAUCUACCACCAGCGCGUGCCGCGGAUGGGGAGGAAUUUCGAGAGCAACGAAGAGGAAAGCAGGGUGUAGGGUAGCGGCGAGUGCAACGGCGAAUAUCAGGGGGUGGCUGGUGCCGCUGUCCGCGGAGAAAGGAGAGAGGGUGGAAGAGAAAGGAACGAGCAGCCGAAAAGCAGCGACGAAAGAGACGGAAGAAGUAGAGAAAGAGGACGAUGGGAACGCGUGCAAAGGAGAAGAACGAGGGGUACCGUCGCCGAAGUAGAAGCGGGAUACGCUACGUUGGUGGAAACGAGACUGGCACAGGGUGGGGUAUAGGAUGUAGAACGAGAGAGAAGAUACGAUCCGGUGUGCUCUGGUCGAAAGCGAAGAGGCACGACGACAGGGCGAAAAACAGAGAGGAACGGAGAUAGGAACGACGAGGAAAGAGAGCGGUCGGAGGGUGGCGAGAAGGAUGGAGGACGUCCAAUGUCGAUGAAGGAGAUGGAAGAAGCUGAUGCGAGCAGCCACGUCGUGGAAACGGCAAGGAAGAAACGAGAGGGAAAGAGAUACGGUUCGAGGGACAGCGUAAAGCGGAAAGGAGACGGGCAUAGGAGAAGGGUGAAGAGAGAGCCGAUAGCGGCGGAGGGCGGGAUAAAGAGGGUUACGUAGCAAGGCGGUGGUAAAGGUGGGAAGGGGACAGGCAGAAAGUCGAGAGAGAGAGAGAGAGGAACGGAACGGAACGGAACAGGGUUGUUCCAGUGUGCAGCGAGCGGGCAUCGCGGCGGGGGCGCCGUUCUGCUGCUCCUGUAUAUCCAUCCAGAGUUAUAUGCACCAUCUACCGCAUCCUAGCGACCACGACGGCGACGACGACGACGGCGGCGACGACGACGACGACGACGACGACGGCGACGGCGACGACGACGACGGCGACGGCGACGACGACGGCGACGACGACGACGACGGCGACGACGACGACGGCGACGACGGCGGUGGUAACAACGACGACGAGGACGAAGAUAGUGACGGCAACGACGGCGACGUCGAAGAUAGUGACGGCGAUAACGCCGCCGGGAAGCAGAAAGAAGAGGAGGAGAAGGAGAAACAGGAGAUAUCCGGUGACAUCGUUCGCGUCGAAGGCUAGAGAGUGUGACUCUUCGCGUAAACGACAGUAUCUACGUUAGUCAUACCGAUAGAGUUUAUUAGAAUUCGUGGAACGCGUCGCGAACGUUUCUUCGUUAUUAUGUCAUGUGCGUCGUGGACGUUAAGCAGUGUCAUUGUUUGCGAAACGCACGACAAACGCGUCUCUGUUCUACGUAAAUAAGGGGGAAAGAGGCGAGGGGAAAAGGGAAGAAGAGCGAAAGGAAGAGAACGGAAACAGAGACUGCGCGAAGACAAACAGGAAGAGAAGCUGAGAAGCGUUGCUCGUGGAAGCAACGGAAGAGCGUAUACAGAGAAGAAAGCAACGAAGAAGCGAAGAAAGGAAAGACGGAGCGCCGGUUCUACCUGUGGUAGAGUGAACAAGAGAAAGGUGGAAUAACAAAGAGGAAGAAGGAAAAAUAAAAGGUAGGUCCACUCGUCGGAGGGAGCCAUCGAAGGUGGAGGAGCAUGCGAGAGCAGCUCCUCGGUGUUUCAACAUGACCCAGCCUUAGUAGGGUACCUCUGCUGGCGUACACCCUCCGCGCCGCGACACGAUACGACACGCAGAAGAAGGUG